CACCACCAGUGAGAGCUGAACUCCUGGGGAAAGGAGGCUCCCUCGCGGGACAGCCCGCCGAUAAGCCUCGCUCGGUCUCGGAAGAAAUGCUUGUUGUGCUUUGAGCGAGGGAGGGGGCAAAGGCACACACGCGCGCCGGGAGCUCCCCUUGGCAGGGCGGCUGCUGCUGCUUCUGCUUCCUUUCGCUCGCAGAGAAGCCACAAGCUGCGGCUAGGGGAGUUUCUCUGGGCUUGCAGCUGCACGGCCAAGCCGAGAGGCUUUGGGAAGGGAAAGAGCCAUUAUGAUGUUGGGGCCCGGAGAGCACUUGUCCAGAUGAACCGCCAGUGCACUUCAAAGUGGAAAAUAUCAUUUCAUCUGCAUCUGUGACUGCCACAAAACAUGAGGGAACAGUAACUUUUCUGAAGGAAUUGCUGCUUUUGCAUUAAACAGGGGUGAUCUGAUUAAGGUGAAGAAUCGUCCUCUUGUUCCUCUGUCCAACCUGUGUUCCUGGCCAGUUGGUCCAAUCUGCAACAGCACACAGCUGAACCCCCAGAAAGAUGUUUCCAAGAGGAGAAGAUGGCAUCAGGUAACCCCAGGGAACUGGAUCCAGGAAAUCAGACUGCACAGAUAGGAGAGGGCCCUCUGGAAACUGAGUCCGUGUCACUGGCAGUAGGGGAAGGGUUCCCAAAUGAGAUUGCCCUCUCAUUUUCUGUCAAGAGUCGCUCUGGGCAGAGCCUCAAUACCCAGCUGCAAGAGGCAGCAAGAAAGAAAUUGUGGGCCCUUGAAAAUGACGAUAAAGAUGUUUGCACUCUUUUCAAGGAGCUGUCAGCCAGGCUGGUGUGUAUCCAGGCACAGAAGGAUCGUUUUCUACUCUCCUUCAAGACUAUUGAAGAAAUCUGGAAGUUUUCAACAUACUUAGCACUUGGUUACGUGGCUUGCUGUUUGGAGCAUCUUCUCUUCACCCCAGAGUAUUGGCUGAACUGUGCUCUGGUGGAAGACACAGAAAUCGCAGUUACUGUAGAUGAAGAUCACAUGACUACCAUGUACCUAGGUCUUCUGCUCCAGGAAGGAAACUUCUUUGCCCGGGCAAUGCUCAGUGACCGGACAGAAGAAGAAGAGGAAGAUUUGAAGCUCUACAAGGAUGAACUUGUCCAUGUGAAAGACAUUGGGCAUGAAACUAAAUGGGAAGGGACAUCUCUGUUGACAGAUCAGAGGGGCCUUAUCCCGGUCACAAAUAUAGAACCAUUGCCGCAUCCCUUUUACCAGUGGUUUCUGAAGAACUAUCCAAUGAGCUGUGGCAUCUCUAAACAGAUGAGUUCAGCUGACUCCUUGCAGAUCAGCCAAGGGAGGUGCACGGCCACAGUGGAUCACAGAGGGAGAGGAUGGGAUGAGUUGAGCUUCUGCAAAGGUGACAUCAUAGACGCUGUUGGCUUUUUCAUUCCAGGCCUCCAGUGGUUUAUAGGAAAAUCCACAACUAGCGGGACAAUAGGCUUUGUCCAAACCAAGUGUGUUUCUCCCAAGACUUGUGAUCCAAUGAAAAAGGGUCCAGCAUUUUUCAGUGAAGAAGAAAUAGCCUCCUUUCUCCAGGUUCCAUGCAAUGGCAGUGAGCUGCAUUACAGUAAUCUUCUCAGUGAAUGGGCACGGACAGACAUCACCUCUGUGUACAGGCUUGAUGGUUUUGAACCUGUAAUGAUGUACCCACAAAUGGCAUCAGAUGCAGUUGUGCAGGGAUUUAAGGAUGUCUGGAUGUUCGAGGAUUGGGGGAAGCAGGCUACUAAUCGUUUGCCCACCCUUAGUGAUUCAGAGCAGUCCAGUCCAGUUGGUGAGUCUUCACCUUCUGGCUUGGAACACUUACUGCUGCCGGAACCAGAUGACCUUGAUGACCCCAAGUUCUUUAUUGACCUGAAUGCCGGGCACAUGGAAGAUUCUGACGUUUUUGACCCUAUAUUGACUUUCCUCAACCAAGAUGGCUAUGUGGCCCAUUUCCAAAGUCUCUACGAUAUCUCUUUUUCCUUCCUUAGUUCCACCUUCUAUGGAUUCUCCAGUGAGGAGGAACUAGACUUAUACCUGGAGACAUCCAGGAACUGGGCCAAGAAGGGUCACCUUGCUUGGGCUCACAUCCGGAUAUGCUUUAUUUUGGGCCGUCUUUGUGUGAAAAGGGCCAAAUUCUCUCAAGCUCGGGUCUAUUUUGAGGAAGCCAUGAGCACUAUGGACAAGGGGUUUGAAGACCUGCCCCUGUUGACCUCAUUGCACACAAACCUUGCUGCCAUUUAUCUGAAGCAGAAGAUGAAGCAAAAAUUCUUACCUAUGAUUGGGAAAGGGGUGGCCCUUCUGACCUGCCUGCCUAGUCACUGCUUCAGUUCUGAGAAUGAGCUAGAGGUCGUGAUGUACAUCCUGAGAGAAGCCAUUGUGGUGGGCAACACGACUUUGGAAGUUCGGGCCUGCUUCCUUGUCGUUAGGCUCUUCUUGCAGCUGGGCAAAUAUGAUGAGGUCUUGCCAUUUGCAGAACGCUUGCAGUUCCUUUGUACCAGUUUCUCCAGCCAGGACUCUAGUGUACCCUCCUUAGACAUGACGCCUAUCCUGGCCUACCUGUAUGACAAAAAAUACUUACCAUGCAUUGCUCUGGCAUCAGCCAGGCUGUUUUCCCCCAGUGGUGUAAAGGGGGCACUGACUCCCAUUUGGAGAGCUGGAAUUGUCCUUGAGAAUGCCUCUAAACUCCUGAAAGUCCAAGAGAGAAGCAGCAGCAUCCCUGCUUCAGCUUGUCUUUAUCUCAAUUGUGCGUUGGCUUUCUCCCAAGAAAAUGGAUCUGUGUCCACAGAGAGAGCCCUGUGUGGAGUUUUAUCCCGAUUGUACCUCAAGCAGGGCAUAUUACAGGGAGCUGUUCAUUAUUCAGAUAGAGCUGUUGCCCUUGGCAAAGUGAUGGGUGAGGAGGAAGCUUUUGAAUCUUCUCUUUCUUUGGGGUGGAUGUAUGCUCUGAACUGUCAGCCGGAAAAAGCUUCAGAGAUCAUGUUGUGUCUCCUGCGCUCUCUGCGACAGACAGACAGUGUCACACAGGAUGGGGUUGUUCACAACCUUCUAGCCAUUGCACUUAAAGGAGAAGGACAGGUGCAGAAGGCAGCAGAGAACUACUUAUGGGCUUUAAAUAAAGCCCGGGAGACUGGCAACAGGCGGAACCAAGCAAUUGCCUUAUCCAACUUUGGAUGCUUAGCUCUCUCUUGCAAGGCAAACCAGCUAGCGAAAUUCUACUUUCUCCAGGCCAUUAGGUUAUAUUUUGAACUUCAGAGUGGUGAUGAUGCACAGAUGGAGCUGGUGCAUGUACUGCUGUGGUUGGCCCAAUCCCAGGUGGAGAGGCUCAAGACAGAAGAAAGCAAGCUGUUCUAUGAGCUGGCCUUGGCAGUUGCCCUGAAGUCACACAAUGUGAUAAGUCAGCUUCAUGUCACGGAGUCCCUCUGCCAUUUCUACAGCAAAGUGUCUCCAAAUACUGGAGCUUGUAUUAACUACCAUGAGCACCAAAUAUUGCUGGCCCAACAGCUCCAGGAGAGAGAAAUGGAAGGACAACUUCUGCAAACUCUCAGCCAGCUCUAUCAGAGUCUACAUACUAUGAGAUCUCUGAAACGGGCACUGGAGUGUACCAAACAAAGUCUGAGACUCUUCAUUGACCUGAAGGAGACCGUCAAAACAGCACAGGCCUGGCUACAGGCUGGGAGGCUCUACUAUCAAAUGCAAGAGGACGAGCUUGUGGAAAUGUAUUUGCAGGCAGCCAUAGAAACUGCUCUGAAGCCUAGAGAGCUGCAUCUGGCCAUGGAACUCUACGAAGAGGCUGGUGAUGUCUUCUUCAAUGGGAUCCGGAACAGACAACGAGCCCUGGAAUAUUACAGGGGAGGAGCUAUACCUUUGGCUAGGAAGCUGAAAGCCACCCAGACUGAGCUGAGAGUGUUCAAUAAGUUGACUGAGCUGCAGAUUGGACUCCAGAACUAUGAGAAGGCUUUGGAAUUUGCUACCUUGGCAGCCAGGCUCAGCGUGGAUGUAGGAGAUCAAUUGCAAGAGCUAGUUGCUUUUCACCGUCUGGCAACAGUCUACUAUUUCCUGCAGAUGUAUGAAAUGGCUGAGGACUGCUACUUGAAGACGCUCUCUCUGCGGGCACCAUCACUGCAAGGGGCUCAGGAGACUAUGUAUUAUUACAAGGUUUAUUAUCGCUUGGGAGAUCUGACCCUGCACAAAUUAAAGGAUGAACAAGAUGCAGCUAACUACUUCCUCUUGGCCUUGGCUGCUGCCACUGAACUUGGUGACCAGAAUUGGCAAAGCAGGAUUCAGGCCAAGCUGACUCAAAUAUAUAAUGCUUCCCAGUGGGGUAAGGGCCCCAAAGGGUGGACCACAUAUCGGGCCCGAUGGCUCUGUGAAGGAAGGGAUGCUGUAUGACCAAUAGUAUUGGGGACUCAAGAGCCCUGGAAUUUCUGAACCAGGAGAACCAAAGUUCAACCUUUAUACCUCAUUGCCAAAGAGCUCCCAGUGCUUUCUAUACCAAAAGUAAAGGGGAGAAACAUGUCCAAUG